CAUGAAAUCCAUCGUAGCUUUCGUUCUCCUUGGCAUCGUCGCCGUCGUCUUGGCCGUGCCUAAAUACGACAACUGCGACGAGGAUGUGCAAAACAGCUUCGACAAAGAAUCGUGCAUCGAGGUCCACUGCGAGUCGUUCAAGAACGAGACUCUUCAGUUCAGCAAGCUUCGUGCCCACUCCUGCCCACUCGUCUACUGCAAGGAAGGCGAGAAAUACAAAGGCGAAACCCCCGUAGACGAGAGCAAGGUCUAUCCAGACUGUUGUGCCAAGCCCAUCUGCGAAAAAGUCGCCGCCGUUGAGCAGGAGAAGCCCGUCGAGAAGCCAGUCGAGAAGCCCGUAGAAGCCGAGAAAAAACAAUAA